GUGCAGGCAAAGCAGAAUGCAGCCGCAAGUACCUCCGCUCCUUCGACAACUGCUUCGACUGCAGCAGCGCAGGCGCCACAGCAGAUGACCUCCUUCUUUGGGCCCGCCCACACCUCUUCUACGCAAGGGGCUCCUACUCCUGCUCCUGCUGAUCUAACGGCAGCAGGAGCUGGAGCAGCAACAGGCGCCAACAUGACAGCCCCCGCAUCGCCUCAGCAGCAGCCAGUUGCUCUCUUGCUCUCAGCAGCACGUGCGAGCACGGCAGCAGCCGAGUCAACGCGCACCAGCCAAGCAUCUCAGUAGGGGGUGGACAUGGUGGACCAGGGGCCCAGCACUUCCGUCGGCACGGAACAACGAUCCAAGGUGGGCGGCAAACCCGGAGCGCCUCCAUCAGGAGCAGCACCGGCGCCAGCUCCAGCACCGGUGCCAGCUCCAGCAUCGGCGCCAGCUCCAGCACCGGCAGCAGCAACGCCGGCAGCGGGAGGAGCGCCGGUGGCCAACGAUGCUGCAUCCGGCGAUAUGAUGUUUCCCGGAGAGACAAAGUGGGGAGAUGGGUUCGGCGGCGUUCUCUUUGGUACGCCGGCACAGAACAAGGGCAAGAGGAAGAAAGGGCAGCUGGAGUUGGAGCCGCCGAACUUCCCGAUCCCCGAGCUUGGUGGUGGAAGCCAAAGGAAUCGCUACCCCCUGAAGUUUAAGGUGGAUGCGGUGAGGUACUCACAGAGGAAGAUCAAGGGGGUGCAAGGGCCGAACGGGACUGUUGGCGUAACAUACGCCAGCAGGAUCCUCAAGAUUCCCGACAAGGCGACGUUGGCGGCGUGGUUCAAGAACGUCGCCAAGUACGAAGCCGCGCUGGCGGAAGCGGACACGUACAANUGCAAGGGCCGAACGGGACUGUUGGCGGUGGGCGGCAAACCCGGAGCGCCUCCAUCAGGAGCAGCACCGGCGCCAGCUCCAGCACCGGUGCCAGCUCCAGCAUCGGCGCCAGCUCCAGCACCGGCAGCAGCAACGCCGGCAGCGGGAGGAGCGCCGGUGGCCAACGAUGCUGCAUCCGGCGAUAUGAUGUUUCCCGGAGAGACAAAGUGGGGAGAUGGGUUCGGCGGCGUUCUCUUUGGUACGCCGGCACAGAACAAGGGCAAGAGGAAGAAAGGGCAGCUGGAGUUGGAGCCGCCGAACUUCCCGAUCCCCGAGCUUGGUGGUGGAAGCCAAAGGAAUCGCUACCCCCUGAAGUUUAAGGUGGAUGCGGUGAGGUACUCACAGAGGAAGAUCAAGGGGGUGCAAGGGCCGAACGGGACUGUUGGCGUAACAUACGCCAGCAGGAUCCUCAAGAUUCCCGACAAGGCGACGUUGGCGGCGUGGUUCAAGAACGUCGCCAAGUACGAAGCCGCGCUGGCGGAAGCGGACACGUACAAGGGAGGAGCGAAGCGCAAGAAUAGAGCCAACAACCGCUUGUCGCUGAACGCCGGACGGAUCAGGACGCACACGGCGGCCGAGCGUGAGGUCAUGGACUGGGUCAACGAGCCGCGUUCUGAAGGCAUCUCCGCCCGUGUUUCGACGAAGAUGAUCAAGAACAAGGCUGUCGAACUCAAUCCGAAUUUCUUCGGGGAGAAAUGGCUUGUGGUGUCCUUCUCAUGUUUCCUCGGGUUUUUCCAGGCGUACCUUUCUGUUCCUUCCGUCUUCUUUGAGUGGGUGUGAAGAAGCUGUCGGCUGUUUUCUUCGCCACGUGGAGUGCAACGUCGUUGUGUCUCGUAUUCAGUGUAGAUUUGCGGUUUGUGGUCGUUGAUUCUUGUUCGUGGUGCCUUUGCGUAGCUCUCUUUUCGCCGUACCCAAAGCAAGGCAAGCAGCAGCAAACGUUUUUGUGAGGGGGGCAGGAAGGAUGGCUCACGCAGUCUGUGGCCACCGCCAAUCAUUGUGUCGGUCGAGGUACCUUCGAUUUUUAAUUUCUUUUUGCUCGAUUCAAGCCCGUAUUUUGUUUCAAACUUUUUUUGGCUAUGAGAGGGUUGAGAUAUCGCCGAGGUAAUGUGCUCAGGAGUUUCGUCAUCUCUGUUGAGCCCCUUUGUUUUUCCCUUUAGGUAGGUCUCUACACUGCACGUGUACGUGCAGGCAUGGCUAUCACACCCCCUCAUUUA